AUGGAAAUAACGUCCUCCCCGCCCAUAACGCCUAUCAAACAACACAUGUCUCCCCUCGAAACUUCGCCUUCCAACACCUACCGCUCCCCCAUCUCCCGCCGAACUAGCAGUUUCUCCUCCAACCACGACAGAAGUCCCGUCUCCGCGCGGUCGAGUCGACAUCGGUUUUCAAAUGGCUCGCAGUAUUCGAACGACUUUUCACCGGACGGCGGCGGAGGAGGAGGAGGCGGCAUGGGGAAUCUGGCUGACGAGUUGGAACUCCUCGACGAUGACGAAGGAGAGGAUGGGGAGAUAACAGAAGUCGCAGACGAAGAAGGCGGAGCAUCUACAGUUGACGGAGCCAGGGAUUCAGGAAUAGAUGUGUCGUAUGAGUCGAAGCGAAGUCCUUCGUCGACAGGACAUACCAGGAACUUCUCCAAACCCUUCUCGAGUCCGCAGAAACCGCCUGAUUCACCGCGGCCGCAGGAGCGAGAGGAGAAGCUGCCGCCGGAGUUGGAGGAUCUGAUGAACAGUGUCGCGCGCAUGGCGUCGUAUGCCGGGACUUCAGAGGACCCGCUCAUCCCGAGGGUGGUGGGUUUGCUGCAGGAUUUGGGGAAUCAAUCGAGUCUCGAGACCGGGGUGCAGAGGAUGAAUACGUCGACGAACAGUAUUACCUCCUACGUUACUGUGCAGAGCAAGACGCUGCAACAGAUAGCGACAAGCCUCUACUCGCCUCUGGCGCUCUAUGGCAUACAAUUAGAUCCCGUCAUCCUGGACGAACUCGCCCCGUUGAUCGACGCUCUAUUACAGGACCUCCCGCUCCCAGACCCAGCCCCGCUGCAAGGGCUGCAGAAACUCCUUCGCGAAACGGAUAACACCGUCUCCACCCUCAGCCAGUUAACCGACACGUUACAAAUGGGCAAACACGUGACGAACGACGCCUCAAGGAGGCUGAGGGAUAGCCAGCGCAUGGUCGCGGAGCUCCGCCGGGAGCGCGAGAGGGCUGACGCGGCGAGGGAGGAGUUGGGGAGGGGUGGGUGGAAUGAGCGGGUGCAAGGGAGGUGGGGGGAGAAGCAGUGUGGGGAGAUUCUGGGGGGCUUUGAGAGGAGGUGCGAAGAGUUGAGACGGGGGUUGGUUGAGGCGGGUGGGGGGUGA